CGAUACAUUUGAUGGAAUAUCAGGCGUCGUAAAAGAUGUAAUCAGAGGGAAAAUAGGAAAAGCUGUUUAAAAGUGUACACGCUUGCGGUGUAGAAAAUGACGUCGAAAGAUGGCGGUAGUGUCGGUAUAAUCUAUUCAUUGCCCGUUCUCAGCGUUCAAGUCCAAAAUUAGUAAAUAAAGAUGGUGGCAGCGCGUGAGCUGUGUGCGGUAUCGUCAGACGAAAAAUGUCUGGUAAAAUGAAGUGGAAACGGAGAACGUGCGCGAUCUCUAAGGAAAAUCCGAAAGUCGUAGAGACUUAGUGAUCGGGUACACCAUACAGACGCUAAUAACAGUGUAAAUAGUGUAUCUUUCCUUAGUUCCCCGGGAGCGGAUAGCAGCCGCAAAAGAGGAUAAUUUGGCUCCAGAGUUCACUGUAAGAUCGAAGGGAAAUAAGGGAAAAUGGUGGUCGGCGAGGCGAGCAUACAUAACAUUAUGGGAGGAAUGGAGAGCACGGCCGGGGUACGACUUCACAAUCACAAACGGAAGCUGAAGCAAAGGUUCGACAUCAUCAAGAAGCUCGGUCAAGGUACUUACGGCAAAGUUCAACUAGGAAUCAACAAGGAGACCGGGCAGGAGGUCGCGAUAAAGACCAUCAAGAAAUGCAAGAUAGAGACGGAGGCCGAUCUGAUCAGGAUACGAAGGGAGAUCCAGAUAAUGUCCAGCGUCCAGCAUCCGAACAUUAUCCACAUAUACGAAGUGUUCGAAAACAGAGAAAAGAUGGUGCUGGUAAUGGAGUACGCGGCCGGUGGCGAGCUGUACGAUUACUUGAGCGAGCGCAAAGUGUUGACCGAGCACGAGGCUCGUCGAAUAUUUCGUCAGAUCGCCACCGCCGUCUUCUACUGUCACAAGCACAAGAUCUGCCACCGGGACUUGAAGCUCGAGAACAUUUUACUGGAUCAACUGGGGAACGCCAAGAUCGCCGAUUUCGGCCUGUCGAAUGUGUUCGACGAGCAACGCCUCUUGAACACGUUCUGCGGCAGCCCGCUUUACGCUAGUCCCGAGAUCGUCAAGGGUACUCCUUAUCACGGUCCCGAGGUCGACUGCUGGAGCUUGGGCGUUCUACUCUACACCCUCGUUUACGGCGCCAUGCCCUUCGACGGCUCCAAUUUCAAGCGACUAGUCAAACAGAUCUCGCAGUCGGAUUACUUCGAACCGAAGAAACCCUCGCCCGCUUCUCCCCUUAUCAAAGACAUGCUCACCGUUUGCCCCGGCAGACGAGCCGACAUCGAGAGGAUUUGCACCCACUGGUGGGUGAACGAGGGCUACGAGCAGAAUUGUCUGGACAUCGCCGAAGAGCUGGCCGCUCAAACUCCCGUGCGAUUGGAUCUGCUGCUCUCUCUGGUACCGCAAUCCGCCAGCGCGGAGAAGUUGGUCGUCGGCGACCAGCAACCCACCGCCGGAGACGUAGCGAACAACGUCUCUUCCGAAGCUCUGGUACCUACCAGGUGCCACUCUGUCGGUAGUCUGAUGGAGUUGGAUCGGAACAGUUCCGAUAGGCGGAUCAGAGAGUUACUCGACGAGGAGCCGCCGACCGGCGGAGGAGAGGCCAAGAGGAAGUUGGAGACGACGCCGUCGAUGGACGAGACGGCUGCCGCCGGCGCAAAGAGGAAGGAACGAUCGCGUAGGAAAGAGCGGCCGGACGAGAGGGAGGCCAGAGCGUACAAGUCCGCUUCCAGGCACCACUCGGCUCCGAUUCCAAACUCGAUCACGGAGGAAGCUAUGGAAGUGGAUCCCACCGUAUCUCUUCCUACCAGCAAGACCCUCGACAUGAACAGGAUCGAAUCUUCGGCGGCCUGUUUGGAGCUGAUCAAAGAAUGCAUCGAGAAGUCGCCGAGCAAAGAGCGAAGCAAAACACCGGUGGCACCGGUGGAACGGGAGCAAACCCCAGAAGAUCGACCGCGAGCCGACCAUCAGCAGAAAUCCUCCUCGUUGGACGGCGAACCGUCGAGAUCGUUGGAGACUGCCGAUCGAUCGUCCACAGCUGCCGCUCUUUCCAACCUCGAAGGAACGCGCGAAGAAGCGAUCGUUGGAAGCGACAGCCAAGAGACGAUCAACUUGGAGGCGACUCAAAGAGAAUUCAAAAAGUUGAAAGAGAAGGCGCUCUCUCUCGACUCGGAGCUGCCGAACGAGUCGCGGGACGUUCCAGCGGCGAGGACCUCCUUCGAAAGGAGGCGAUCCAAGAUAUUCGAGACCGCGGAGAAGUUCAAUCAGUUGGCGUCGGCCGUGGAAAACGAGAAGCCGAAGAAAAUCUUUAUACCCGGUGUGAACGUGGGAGGAGCGAAGCGUGUGUUCGAGAGAAAAGCCAGUCUCUCCUCCGUAAAUACACCUCCGCCCGCGAAACCGACCGCGGCCAAGAUGAUCAUCGACGUUCCAACCGCGGAUGCGAAGAGGAACGACGCGUCGAAGCAAUCGGUUCGUAACGAGGAAGAGGAAGACGAGAAGAAGAAAACGGAGGAGGAGGAGGAGGAGGAGGAGGAGGAGGAGGCUGCGAAGAAACGAGCCGUCGAUAUAAUAACCGGGGCCAUCGGAAAGCCGCCCAUGCAGAGGAGGAUAAACGGAUCGCCACCGAUCUCGCCGUCCAGUCAAGAACCGAAGAAACUUCCGUUGAAGAUACCGGUUGGAGCGAACGAUCUGCGCUCCGCCACGGUCUCCGUCUCCACGCCCGUUCAAACAAAGUUCCCCUUCGACGAAAAACCGACAGACAUGGAGAAAGAGGCAACGGCUGCCGUUACCUCCGAGGCGUCUACCAUCGACGACGAUACGCAGCUGGAGGAGCCGAAGAUGUCCAGCAAAAUGGAAAUUACUCUGAAGAGCGCCACCCUUCCUAGACCACGAAAGACCAGCAAAGCGGAAAUUUCUCUCUCGGGUAUGAAAUCUCCGGGGAAAGCUCCGGUGGCGUUCAAGUCCGAAGUGGAGGCGAAGAUCGACGCGUUUCAACCGCAGAAGCUGCGGACGCAACGCUCGGAAGUGGCGUUUCCGGUCGCUGCAGCUGUACCGCAAGCGAGUCGAAGCUCGAGUUUGGAGCCGGAAACCAGACCGAGGAACGUUACACCGAAGGAGAGGAUAAUACCGAUUCAAGUGGAAUCGGACCAUCGACACUCGUCGACACCGCCGCCGGCUAAGCCACCGCCGAUGCCUCAGCGAUCGGUUUCGCAGCGAUCGGGAUCGUUGUCCCGCCAGUCGACCGCAGAUUCGGACACGGACAGCGCUCUCGGCUCGACCGUUGGUCCCGAGCCGAUCAGAAAGAGUCCUCGCGAAUACAUAAUUCCGAUAGCCAUGGAAGGCGGCGGGUACGUUACCCCUCGGUCGGGUAGCGCCGAGCCUGAAAGCAAAACUGGUAGCACGCCGACCAGCACGAACGCCCCGCGAUCUAGAUUCGGCAGACCGCGACGAAUGAGUUCUCUUCUAUCGGACGCCAGCGAAGACGAAUCUCCGUUCUCUUCGUUGCACAGGGACAGCGAGGAUCUGUUGCAACGGCACAUGCAUCGGCUGAGAAGUUCUCGACCGUCAAGGCAACCGCCGGAACACGCGGACAGCUUGUCUUCCGGCGAGGACGACGACGACGACGGAUUCGAAUUGCUCACCGCGGAGAAUCUCUUCUCCACGCUGUUGUCCAGAGUGCGAAGCUUGACACAGAGGCUGAACGUCGACGACAACCGCACCACCACCGGCUUCCCGAGUUCCCGACUCUUCGGAAGACUAGGAUCCAAUUCGUCCCAAGCUUUUUGGGGCUUGAAUAAACCGUUGUCGAGCUACCAGACAUACGUCGAAACGAGGACCGUCACUACGCGAUUGUCGGAGUCUCAGUUCAGGCAUUCGCUGAGCCGCGAAGGCGACGUGUUCUCGAGGAAAGACUCCGUGAACUCGUCGAACCCUACCACCCCGAACAGUCCAGGAUCGCACGGUGGUGGUGCUACACCGUCGUCGAGGGAAACGGUGUUCGAUAUCGGCAGCAACACUUUACCAAGAGAUAAAGUAGCACGCAAAGACGUAGAAGCGGAGCCGACGCGAGUAAGAAACGAAACGCAGGAGUCGUUAGAGCAAAAUUUCACGCCGAGCUUGGCCAGACGGCUGAGCAGAACGUUGAUCGAGCAAACCAGGCGAUCUUUGACGAGAUCGCCUUCCGCGUCCUACGAGACCGCCGCCAGGGAGGCGAACGCCGCUGCUUCCCUGGACGCGUCCGAGGCCGUCGAUCGCUCCUCCAUCUCGACCGUGUCCGAUCAGACCGAGUACAAGGCUCGAUCUUCUCCGAACAACAGGCCGAUCAUCAGGAGAGCCAACAGCUUGCUCGAGGCGUCCUCCCUCGCCGCCGGCGCCAACAGAUCGCGCCGCUCUCCUAGGCGGACCGUCAGCCUCUUCGAGGAUCGCGCAAACGACGAGGACGCGGACGCGGACGGCGACGGCGACGGCGAAUCAUCCUACUUUCGCGACUACCAACUCGCCAACUUCUCUGCCUACCCCAGAGAAACCUCCACCUCUCUGGCCAGGUGGUACAAGGAAUCGCCGUCCCGUGCCAGCGCGAGCAAACUUCGAAAGGACAGUUUCCGUUCGUACAGAGCGGAGAAGAUCCAAGAAGAGACUACGGACGACGCGUUGAACGACAGAAGCGAGACCGUCUCGGAGUGCACGUCCGCCUCCGUUUGCGACUCCAACACCAAUCUCUUGGACGUGACUUCCAGCUUGUCCGCAAAGUCCUACGAAACUUCGCCCACCGAAUCCUCCUCGAACAUAGUCGACUACAAGUCCAGGAACUUCGAGGACAGAUUGCUGGCCGCGGAAAAUCUCAUCAAAGAGUCCAAGCUGAAGAAUCUAGGACCGCCGUCCGUCGGGAAAUUCGAUCCGAAUUUGACCUCGAGCUACCGGGACACGGACAAAUGCGACAAACGCUCGUUGAUCUCGAUCGCCGAGACGACGGCCAGCGGCGCUUCGAACGUCUCCAAGAGGCGAAGCUGCAUCCCCAGCCUAAGACUACGUUCGGGAUCGUUGACCAGAGUUGACCAUCCGACGAGCACCGGCGGGGAUCGCAGGAAGUCGUACGCGGGCUCGCAACACGCCGCCGUUUUCGCCGCGCGAGCUCUCACUCCGGAGAAAUCGCUGCUGAGCAAGUUGUUCAAGACCGCGACGAGCCGCGACAACGAUUCCAAGGAGGAGAAGGAGAAGGAGAAGACGAAGCAACGUCGGAUAUCGCGAUUUCUACGGCCGGACUUCUUCGACACGCCCAGGGAGGAGAGUCGAUACGUGAAGGAGAAAGAGGCGCAGAAAGCCGCGGAGAACGAGCGACGGAAAUCUCGAUUUAUUCGUCGGAAAACGGAGAACAAGGCAGCGGCGACGGAGGGAACGGAUGACAGGGAAGAGCAACGGGAGAAGGAGCUGAAGAACGAGAUCAAUUCUCUGAAGAGGGACCGGGUAGACUCGGAGGAGGAGAAAUCGAAGGCGGAGACGGUGAACGGGGAAGAGGGCUCGCGAAACGGCUUCCUGCAUUCGUUGGAGAAGAAGCUCGAGAGGCUUCGAUCGUCGAACGACGAGCAGUCGACGGAGGAGGAAAAGGCGAACGGGAGGGAACGAUCCGCGCCUCCCGUCGUCUGUUCCCCCUGCUCGAAGGAACGCGCUGCGGCCAAAAGGGCUUCCAGCGUCGAAGAUCUGUCCUCGCCGAAGAAGCCAAGCCAGAGCUCCUCGAAGAGCAGAGUCUCUUCCGUUUUAGGUUUGUUCAAGGCCGCGGAUACGAAACAGUUGGCGAACGGGACACGCUCGCAAACCGCGAUUCUCGGCAAACUGAAAAGGAGCCCUACGAAAUCGGCAGAGUCGCACGCCGGUUCGGAGGACGCGAUCUCCCCUACCGUUGGAAGCCGAAUACCGACAAAACUCGGCAACGUCGACUCCAAGACCACGCGGAAGCAACCAACGACGGGCGGCGACGUGAAGAGGACGCCGGACAGAGCGUUUGUUGCGAAGGAGAACGAGAAGGUAUUUUCCGGCGGAAAAUCAACGAGCAAAGUGAAAAAGGCGAGCAAGUCGUCGGUGGAGAACGGCUCGUCCGCGGAGCCGAGUAAACCCGAAGACGCGGCCGAGAAGGACGAGGAAAUUGGUAAAAUCGUACGAGCGGUGAAGAAGAUUACGAAGAGAUCGAGCGACGCCAAUAAUACCGACGGCAACAAACCGACGCCGGAGGAGAAAGGAAAGUGUGUGAAAACGCGAACGAAGAAAAAGAUGGAGAAGAGCCCGGAACCUGUCCCCGCUGCAGGGAAACCGAAGGAGAACGGGCUCGAGUCGCAAGCGAACAAGAGUCAAGAAUCUCAGCGAGCGAACAGAAGCAGCCUGAAGCUCGACCUCUCCAAGAUACCGCAGCACUCCUUCAGGAAUACCACGCCCAAGAAGGACUCCCCGAAAUCCGAUUCGCCGAAGCCUACGCCCCCGAACGAGAACGUACCCGACGAGCUUCACCGCGCCAGCAUCACCGGCAACAAGAUAACCAUCGACAAAGCUCUGCGCGCCAAAGACGUGGCCGAAUUGAAGAGAGAGGUAACCGAGUGCGCCAGACUGAUCGAAAGCCACGCGGCGGCGGCCGCGGCGGCGGCGACCGCCGAAGAGGCGGUCGAAGAGGCGAUCGAGCAACCACCUCCUGACCUACUCUCCCCCACGGACGAGCCGCCCGAGAGUUUCGACUCGUGGUCGGUCAGCUCGGCGGAAUUGAGCCACGCCAGGCCUGAUUUGCACUCGCCUACCUCCCCUUCGCGUUCCCUCUUCGCCAGAAACGACAAUCCCGAGUCGGUGAUCGACAGGAUACGCAGACGAAGCUUCUACUCGCGGUUCAACGACAGGCGAAGACCGUCCUUGACCACGCCACCGCCGGGCCUCGCCUUGUCCACUAGCACGACCUUGCCGCGAAAGUUCAGCUUCAGCGGGCAUCGGGAUCGAAGCAGAUACGGUAGCACCGCCGCUGGCUACGGGUUACCCUCCAAGCCCGCGAGGCACUCGGUCGAGAGAAACAGCUCCUCGUACAGCUUGUACGGAGACGACAGCAGCCCGAUCCUCCGCCACCGAUCUCUCGAUCGAGGGAGUCGCUAUUCCGACAUCGCCGAUUUAAAGUCACCUACCGGCCACCUUUCUCUUUCCUCCUCUUUCGAUCCGCUCAGGAGGUACCUGAGAUCGCCGACCUUCGACCUUCCCCCGUCCAGGACGAGGUACCACAGCGUUGAUUUCACCGCGGACCCGGAUUUAACCGGUCUCGGCUCUCUACCGCGAAAGUACGGGACCGUCGAGUAUUACGAGGAGCUGCUAGCUCCGAGCACCGGAGACUACUUGCCAGCUAGGAGAUCGCCCAUGUCCGCGGAUUAUUUGAACAGGUACGAAAAUGGUUACUACAACGGGAACACGGAGCUGCACUCGAGUGCCGCCAAACGGAAGGCUUACGCGUCGGAAGAUUCGUCGAUGCUCGAACCUUCAGCUAACGGUGGUGCUUGCGACCACCACCACGACGACGCGACGGAACGGAGAAGGAGCAAAGGCGAUCGCGUCAGCGAAACGCGACACUCGGCUCCGACUGCGUGCACGGAGACGACCGCUGCCACCGCCAUCGCCAUCUCUCCACCCGAUCGUAGUUAAUUUACUUCUCGUUUUAUUAUUAUCAUUGCCGCGCGUUCCCUGUCACGUCCACCGCCGAACGUGGAUGGACAUGCGAUCGUGUCCAACGAACGAUACCGCCGACCUAUACAGCCUAAUCAACUGCCAAAAUGAAACCUCGAGAUCUUUCAAGCAGAUUUAGAACUGGCAGCGAAACUAUACCAAACCGAUUCCCCACGUCUUCUUCUAGUCUGUUGUGUAAUUUAAUCGAUAGAAGGUUUCGCCGAAACUGCCCCCCAA